UUGAAUCGUCAUGUGCUGCGGCAGCAUGUAAAUGACGGGAUGGGCAAUUCUAAUUGCCAAGUCUGCAAGCUUAGUUGUCAGAAGAUUCAGCAGCUAAGAGAGCAUUUAAGCAAAGCACAUGGCAUGGCAAUGGAAUCUGAAACUGUGCUGUUGGACGACAUGAUAGCUUUCGAAGAGUGGAAAGAUAAAAUUGAAGAGGACUACAUAUGCUCAUACAGAAAGAGAAAUGGGGAAAAGAAUAAUGUGCAAUACUUUCAGUGCAGUCGAGGAAGCAAUUAUGUACCAAAAGGAUCUGAAAAAAAAAGCAUCGAGGCACAAGGAUCCAGUAAAAUUCAGCAAAAGUGCGCUGCUGGCAUAAAGGUCACAAAAAGGGAUGAUGGGAAGAUACUAGCAGAAAUUUGUCACACACAUCACGGACAAAAGGAGGUGCAGCACACAUGGCUGUCCAAGGGCAGAAGAAAAGAAAUUGCAGCUCGUCUGCAACAAGGUGUUAGCAGAGACAGAGUUUUGAAUAACAUCAGAGAAGAUGCCACAAAGCACAGUGAUUUAGAAUUUAAGCGUCACCAUCUGGUAGAUAAAAAAGACAUUGGCAACAUAAAGACAUCUUUUGCACUAAAUGAUAUUCAGAAGCACAGUGAUGAUCAAACAAGUGUGCGUGCAUGGGUUCAUGAAUGGGACAAAAGCGAACAAAAUCCAAUCUUAUUUGCUAAGUUUCAAGGAGAUGCAGCUCCUGAUGAUGUGAAUAUAACAAAAGACGGCUUUUUACUAGUUAUUCAAAAUCCAUUACAAAAAUACAUGGCAGAGAAAUUUUCAAGAAAGGGAAUUUGCAUUGACGCUACUCAUGGUACAACUGGGUAUGAUUUCCUUCUUACAUCACUGGUUGUUUUGGAUGAAUUUGGGUCUGGUUUCCCAGUUGAAUGGUGUCUAUCCAACCAUGAAGAUUUCACUCACAUUUGCAUAUUUUUUGAAAAAAUGAAGAAGAACUGUGGAGUACUACCACCACAAUGGCUCAUGUCUGAUCUUGCAAGUCAGUAUUACAAUGCAUGGUUGGCAAUAAUGGGUGGACGUCCAAAACGUUUGUAUUGUACUUGGCAUGUGGACCAAGCGUGGCAAGAAGAAUUACGCUCUAAAGUUAAAGAUACCUUAGUGGCAGCAGAAAUUUAUAAAAUGUUGCGCACUGUAUUGCAGCAAACAGAUGAAUCAUCGUUCAAUACAUUCCUGAAGCACCCUUUGCAAGAACUUCCAAAUUUAAGCAAAGAGUUUUACAAAUAUUUCCAACGCGAGUGGUCCGGUAGAACAGAGUUCUGGGCCUAUUGCUUUAGACGUGGAAUGGGAAUCAACACCAAUAUGUCUGUGGAGGCAUUCCACCGAGUGUUUAAGUACAAUUACUUAAAAGGAAAGACCAAUAAAAGGGUAGACACCUGCCUGCUAAAUCUGAUUCAAUUCAUUCGGGACAAAUCAUUUGACAGAGCAAUUGAGCUAACAAAAGUAAAAUCAACUUCAAAAACAAGACUUAUAGCUGAUAGACACAAUGAAAGUAAAAACAUGAGCUUUGAGUGCAUCAAAUUUCAGGGUGAUUUGAGGUGGGAAGUAAGUGGAGGCAAUGAAAAAGUCUAUACAAUAAUAAAGCAGGUGAAUCACUGUGUAGGCCAAUCAUGCCAACUCAGAUGUGCUGAAUGUGAUAUUUGCAUCCAUCAAUAUGAGUAUCUUAUUUUUGAAUACACCAUUCUUUUCAACUCAAUGAUGUAA